CAAAAAUUAGAUUUUUUCUUAAUGAUACGUCAUUUUCAUACCAUAUAUUCAUUUGAUGACAUUGUUAUUUAUGCUAGCCUUGAUAGGUGCAUUCUUUUCACACAAUUGAUACACACGCCCUUUAUUGCAACGAUUGCAACUUGCAAGUACACAAGAUAGUGUGGAUGUGUGUGGAGGUGUGCUGUAGAAUUUACUAUCUGUAAGAAUCUUGGAAUUUACCAUUAGCAGGUGCGUAGAAAAUUGCGUGGUAACAUUAACGUUGUGGUCCUCAAGCCUAUCAGCCUUUCAAGCCAUCUGGUUGAAACGCCUGGUAGUGUGUCGCCCAUCGUUGGCUGCAAGUUACAAGUGAUCCACUGAGGAACUGCCACCUCUGGAAUGGCUGAAUCCACCAACCCGCUGCUUGUGAAGCAGCUGACUGCGGCCGACUUCAACCCGGCACGUUUUGUGCAGGACGCCACCGAGCAGUGUGUGGGUGGCCUGGAGCUGCGCCAGCACCGUCAGCAGAUCCAGCUGAUCGCAGACAGCACCAGCAACGAGCUCAAAAAGAAUGUCUACCGCAACUACCAGCAGUUCAUCCACACGGCCAAGGAGAUCCAGUACCUGGAGGGUGAGAUGUACCAGCUGUCCCACCAGCUGACCGAGCAGCGCUCGCUGCUCUCCUCUCUGUGCGGCCCGCCGCCGGCCACCGCGCUGCAGUCGCCGCCGACAGAGGAGCCGCCGCCGCCGCCGACCACGCCGCGCCCGGCCGCGCCCGACGACCUCGAGGAGCGCCGCCGCCAGCUGCUGCAGCUCAUGGAGCGCGUCGAGGGCGCGGCGCACAUCCGCGAGGUGCCCAGCCGCUACCAGCUGUACGAGAGCGACCUCGUCGAGCUGGACCAGGACACGCACACGGCGCUGCAGCGCGUGCACGGCUACCUGUUCAACGACGCGCUCAUGAUGGCCGUCUGGCUGCCGGACCGGCGCGGCCGCGUCCGCUACAAGUUCGAGGCGCUGUUUGCGCUCGACAGCGUGGCUGUGGUGAACAUGCGUGACGUGGGCAGUCUGAAGAACGCCUUCAAGCUACUCAUGUUCCCUGAGACCCGUGUUUUCCAGUGUGCCACGCAAAAGAUCAAGGAGGAGUGGCUGGAGAUUGUCGACCGCACCAAACGCUCCAAGAUGGACGCGGAGAGGAAGCAGCAGUCGGCGCGGCAGAAGCGCGGCGGCGGCGUGGCGGUGGCGGCGGCUCCGGCCGAGUCGGAGUCGGCGGCCGAGUCGGCGCCCGCCGAGCCGCCGGUGGGAGCCGCUGCAAUCCCCGAGCCGCUGUUCAUCGCCGAGUGGUUGCUGGAAGCGCCCGAGGACCUGGACGUGUUCCUGGCGCAGCGCGAGUUCGAGGCGGCGCUGGCGCUGCUGGGCCGCGCGCGCGAGGCCGCCGCGCCGCUGCCGGACUCGGAGGCGCGCGUGCAGCAGCUGCGCUCGCAGCUGGCCGGCCGCCGGCAGCAUCUGACCGAGGCUCUGAUGGCCGAGCUGCGAGUGGAGGCCGGCCGCAGUCUGCAGGGCGGGCCGCGCGCCACCCGCCGCGCCCUCCAGCUGCUCAUCCGGCUCGGACACGCCGGCCAGGCGUGCCGCCUGUUCCUGGAGCGGCGCUCGGCGCUGCUGCGGCACGAGCUGAAGCAGGUGAAGAUCUCGAUGAUGACGCAGCUGUUCGUGCACCGACUGUCGGCAGUGGUGUUCACCAGCCUGGCCGACACAACGCGCGAGUUUCAGCGGGCGUUCGCGGCGCACCCCAACUGCGCGUCGGCGCUGGUGGUGUGGGCGCGUCAGGAGCUCACUAACUUCAUGGGCACGUUCAACAAGCAGGUGUUCACGGCCAAGGUGUCGCUGGCCACGCUGGCCGAGUGUGUGACGGCGAUCCGCUCGCAGGCCGACCGGCUGCGAGAGGCCGGCCUGGAUGUGCGUCAGGAGCUGGAUACGGCGCUACUGCGGCCCGUGGAGCGAGCCGUCACGGACGCCCGCCAGAAGCAGCUGGAGGCGGUGCGACUGCGCGCUGCCGAGGACCGCUGGCGGCCCACCAACCUGCAGCACGCGGCCGGCGUGGCGCGCUUCCAGGCCGAGAUGCGCGAGCUGGGCCUGCCGGCGGCCGAGCAGCUGCCGGACGAGUCGUGCCGCGUGCCGCUGACGGCCAACACGCUGCAGUUCUGCCGCUCGUUCCUGUCGCUGGCCACCGAGCUGGGCCGGCUCAGCGGCGGCGACCUGACGCCGACCGUGGAGGACGCGCUGGCGGCCGUGCUGCUGGCGCAGCUGCAGCACGCGCAGCAGGCCCUGCAGCAGGAGCGCUACCGCUCCGAGCGCGCCACCGUGCUCACUAACGGCCGCUUCCUGCUGGACGAGCUGCUGCGCGCCGCCGAGCAGCGCUACCGAGACGCCACCGGCCGGCCCUGCCCGCCCAUGGCCUCGCUACGCACCGAGCGCAGCAAGUUUCCCGACCUGUGAGCGGUGGGUACCGGACCACGGGUGAGUGUACUGGCUGAGAGGUGGCCACGGGGCCCGCUCGGUGUCCUGACCAGACUCGUGUGUGUCAGUGUGUGGUGAACUGCUUUAGGGGUCGGCUCUCCCAGACCGCCUUUUGAACGAAUCUAGCUGGAUCGAGUCUACCAGUGGUUAGUUUGUUCAUUGCGGGAUACACUUCCUACUUCGAGUCCGGAGUCGUCUCAGCAUUUUGGUUAUAUCACGCUAUAACUGCCUAUAUCUACGUAGUCAAGCUAUGUAUCUCCCGUUUACAUCUGCUAAGAAAUCCUGCCUGCUAUCUGAGCCCCGGUCCAAGCUCGGGUGUUUUUCGGCCCGAGGAGGUCCCGGGGGCGAGCGCGCGCGACGUGUGUUGGUUGCACGGCGUGUUUGCACCGUGUCGGGACGGGAAGCGUGCCUCUGGACUGGUCGGCCGCGCCUCGUCCGGUCAAGGUUAUCGCUCCAGGUCGAUACGGGGCCGGCCGGGGUGCGUGUCCUCCGCUCAGAGGCGGUAGAUAGGCCGCGGGGCUGGCAGCGGAUGGCUGAGAGUCUGUAACUGACGGCAGGGCUGUGUCCGCCCCCGGUGCUGACUGCGGGUCAUGUCAGUCACCUCCGAGUCUCACAGCGGGCCGAGAGUGUCCUGUGGGGCUGAUUGUAUCGCGUUGUUACAAUUUGUCGAUGCCAAUGACCGGCCUGGGAGGGGGAGCUGUGCGAAUGUCGAACCAUCGCCCAGACAGACGUUAAGUAAUGCAUAAUUUAUUAUUCAUGGUAUUAUACCACUGGUGGCAUCGGUAUAUGUUGACGGAGCUAGUUAGUUUGCAUUUAAGCGUUGCUGUCAGUGCCCAGUGGCUCGUUCCGUUUAAACCAUCUAUUGUCAUUGCUACUGAAGUACUGAGGGUUGCAUUGUGAGAUUAGUUGACCGAGGCACGGCAUGCCUGUUGAUAUACAGAUAAUACCUUCGGCCCCGAUAUCUACUUUCGCUGUAGUCGCAUUGUUAUUUGUAUGCAUUGUUAUUUUUGCUUGUUAACGUAAAUAUUUUGAGGUAUGCAUUUCAUGCGUAUAGAUAUGGUUUGUGAUUAUGAGCAAUACAGUCGACGUCCGCUUGA